GCGAACCGCCGCGUCGCCUGCUCGUCCGAGAAGCAUACUUACUAGUUGCCACUUCUACAUGUUUACUAAGCGAAUAGUUGUUUGGUAAGAGUGGAUUGAGUGUAAGUGUCAAAACAUGUGAAAUGGAUUUUUUGUGGACGCUGUGACCUCGGACGCUUCACAGAAUCGCUUACUCGGAUGAAAUUCAAGUUCACACAUUUGCAUUAAAAUGUGGUGGAGGAUGAUGAAUCAAACGACAGCUCUUUAGUGUAUAUAGAUCAGUGAUCUAAAAAUGGAUUUCUGUUGGGAAUUUACUACAAAUCUGUUUCAACACCCAAGAAGGACUAAUGUUUUAGUGCAACGAACAUUAACUUACAAUUUACAAAUAUGAAAGAGUGUUUAAUAGAGAAAACAUUGACAAUGACAAAUCACGAUAAACACUGACACCAAACUACAAGAACAAUAUCUUAUCAAUAUUCUUACUGGAUAGGGUACAAAUUAAGUAGCGCUAAUUUAUUGAAAUACCGUCCAAUCAGUUUAGUCAGUUGAAACGUAUUUCCAAGAUAUGGAUAACACAUGUACAGAGAGGUACCGUUAAACACCCCGGUUGAUCCCUCGGAAUCAUCGUAUGGAUUCUUAUACUGAGUUUUCACUCGCAAAUUCUACUGGUUUUCAAACAAAUCUCUCUGAAACUGUCUAUACCACACCUUCUUCUCUCGUCAGUUGGUUUCCCGGGCCAUCGUCUCCUUACACUCCUAUCAAAGCUCUGAUCAUAGGGUUCGUUCUUAGCUGCGUCAUUAUCGUCACCAUCAUCGGCAAUAUCCUAGUCUGCGUAGCGGUUUGCCUAGUCCGGAAGCUGCGUCGCCCCUGUAACUACCUGCUAGUGUCUCUGGCAGUCUCUGAUCUUUGUGUCGCGAUUCUCGUCAUGCCUAUGGCUCUCCUUUACGAAAUCCUAGGCCGCUGGAGUUUCGGUCCCAUCGUCUGUGACGUUUGGGUCUCCUUCGACGUGUUGUCCUGCACGGCGUCCAUCUUGAACCUGUGUAUGAUCAGUGUGGACCGCUACUACGCCAUCACCAAGCCCCUGGAGUACGGUGUCAAGCGGACCCCCAGACGCAUGAUCGCCUGUGUCACGCUGGUGUGGCUGGCGGCCGCUUGUAUCAGUCUGCCUCCUCUACUCAUCCUCGGAAACAGAUACGAGGGUGGAGAACACUGCCUAGUGUGUCAGGACUUUGGCUACCAGAUUUACGCCACUCUUCUCUCCUUCUACAUUCCUCUGGCCGUCAUGAUAUUUGUCUACUACAAAAUUUUCCGUGCGGCGAGGAAAAUAGUUCUUGAGGAGCGUCGAGCACAAAGCCACUUAGAAACCUCGCAUUGCUAUCUAGAGAUCAGCGCCAAGAAUGGUGGGGGGCCACCGGAAGCCAAGCUGGCGGCUAACGUCUCCACCGGAAGUUCCCCCGCAGUCUCUACCCCUGCUACCACGGGCAAACACCACCGCACCAGCACCACCAGCACUAACACGACGGUAAAUCUAAAUUGUAGUGGAGGACAAAACAACGCCGGCGCCGCUCCAGUAACGCCUAGUAAUUCACGAUGCUUCGGUCCACGACGUAGCAACGAAUCACAGUGUCCUAUGCUGCAGAGUGCUUCAAAAACUGUUAGAAGCAAACUUAGGGGCGCUGCACGGCGAGGACGGCGUGGUGGAGGAGGAGAGGUGGGUGAUCCUACCACCAACGGAGGCUCAGUAGCGCACACCAAGAAGCUCCGGUUCCAGCUGGCCAAGGAACGCAAGGCGUCCACCACGCUGGGCAUCAUCAUGAGUGCAUUCACCAUCUGUUGGCUUCCAUUCUUUGUGUUGGCCCUGGUGCGACCCUUCUUGUCUGAUCCAGAUGCUAUCCCUUCCUCUCUCUCCAGCCUCUUCCUGUGGCUAGGCUACGCCAACUCCCUCCUCAACCCCGUCAUCUACGCCACUCUCAACCGAGACUUCCGGAGACCCUUCCAACAAAUUCUGUACUUCCGGUGUGGCUCUCUGAACCACAUGAUGCGUGAGGAAUUCUACCACUCUCAGUACGGGGACCCCGAACCCCAGCACCAGUACUGUGUGGUUGGAGGAAGCCCUGAUCGAGUAACAGAGCACCAGCUGGCGGACGAGGUCGGCCCGGAAGACAGGAAAGGAACUGAGUCGUUUCUAUGAUGUACAGUGCCAGACACGUUCGGACUUGCUGUAAGACAUUGAGACGACGCGUAAAUAAAUGUAAAAUAUGUUGUAAAUGUGUCGAUUGUACAUAGACUAUAAUGUUGAAUGUGAAUUAAGAUUAUAUUACUCGUAAAACUUACGGCCUAUGAGAAUAUUACAAGAAAACACAAAUAAUGAUCGAUGUUUUUUAUCAGUUUAAUGUAACCCAUAUCAACUCUAUUCAUGUUCAAAUUCUUUCAUAAAGUAAUGCAACGUUGUUAGAUGUUUACAAAGUGAAACACUAUGAUUUCGUGUUUUUUAUUACAAUUACACCAUGUCUACCUAAUUAAAAGUAUUCCACGUUUAUUUCUAGUCAAGUUUUAAAUUUAAGAGGUUCGACUACUGUACCAGGAAAAGAUACAUGCUGUUUAGCAUUUCUUACAUAUAAUGAAUUUUAAAGAGGGCAUUAUAGUUAAAAUGUGCUUGAUGUUAAGUUCCGUCAUUAAUUAAAUUUCAAAAAUGUAAAAUGUAAUUUUGUAAUAAUAUACGAUAAUGUACGAUAAGCAAUAAUAUGAUGUGUUUUAGACUCGUCCGUCGUAAUUAUUGUGUCAGUUAAUAUUAUUUAUCCUAGUCUUUGUAGAACCUUGUUUUAGUUCAGUUAGAUAUUAUUUGUAAUCAUGAGAAAACAACAUAGUACAAAAAUAAAACUUAUUAAUUACCUACAAUAAAAAAAAAUAUUUGAAACACUUGUAAAUUCUAAAUUGUUUUGAUUGUUUAAACAUAUAAUGUAUUAUAAUUUUUACCUUUUAACUUAAACAACAAAAGACCUUAAUUUUUACGUUUACUGUAUAACUUCUCAAGCUGCAAGCACAAAGAAUCAGCUUCACUUAGGACCUACACAAAGUACGAUAUUUUCAUUUCCCUUAACAAUACUGUAUUCUGUCGGUCUAGUUUCAUUGAUGUUAUUUUCCAUGUGAUGAUGUACAAGAUAAUGAGACCUUUUGUGAAACAAAUACAAUAAACAAUCACUAGGAAUUGCUUCAAUUUUAUAAAUUUAUAUAGCUAUUAUUUUUAUACACAAGACUACUAGAGUUGAUUUCAACUAUGUUGGCUUGGAUAAAAACAGUUUUACACGAAAAUAAAUAAAAAUUACUCUUUCCAAAAGGGAUUAGAUUCUUAAAAAAAGUGUAACACUAAAUGUUCUAAAAGUCAGUUUUGGUUUCGUAUAGCCUAAAGAAUAAUUUAUUAAUAGGUCUUUAAUAGCGUCGAUAUCAUUUAAAAAAUUGUGUGUAUUAAAAUACAAGUUUUCUUCAAAUAUUCUUACAAUAAUUGCUGAUUAUAUGUAAUGGAUAUAAACAAAUUAGGUUAAAGCUUAAACGAAGAUCUGGAAUAACACAUUCUACUUCGUAUUAUUUACCAAGGAUACUAGUUUGAAAUUGUUGUUUGUAGGGAUGUUCGAUGGAUGUUCUCUUAAAUAGACAGACUUAGUACUAAUUAAUACUAAUAGAAAUCAAAAUGUUCAUCCAUAUUACGACAUCGAAUUGAUACAUAUUUUAUUUUAUUUUAUUAGAUAUGUCAUAUAACUGUAUAUAAUGCAAUGUAUAUAAAGUUCUUGGUGUAUUUUGUAAAUGAAAUAAAUCUUAAGCAAUUUGAAUGUAUAAAUUAAAAUUAAA